GCAACAGGGCUGGCCACUAUUGGGCACCUUUGGGCAAAUUUUUUAUCCAUAAGUUUUUGUAGGUACUUAGUAAAUUUUAUUGUUUGUUUAUUUUUUGUUGUUAAUGAAUAAACAUAUAUUAAAAAAAAAAAAAACAUUUAUAACCGCUCGCAGCCGCCUAUUCAACCUCCCCGUACGCUCCCAACAUUCGCUCGCACACCGCCCGCGUCGCUACCGGCGUUCAAUCGAUACGGUCGCCUAGCAACGAUCACCUUCCAAAACAAACAAUCAGAGGCCCGGCCGAGAGCAAAUUUACUUUCUUAUUUUAUUACUUGUGUAAACAUUUUAGAUCGAUAUUAUUGGAUUUGCUGUAUCAUGUUCUUGUAGACAGACAACAUGGUGUUGAUGCCCGUUUGUGUGCCCGAGAAUUGCGGGAAGGAUUUCCGACAUUCGUUGAAGAAGCCGAGCCCUAACUAUCCCUAUGGGGCCAAAACGAGGAAACCGAGGCUCGUCCCAGCCUUCACCAUACAAGCCAUGCAAAAGAACACCCGCGUGAUUCCGCCGAAGAAGUGCGGAGUCUUCGACCCAAAGCCGAUCAAGCCGUCCAUGUUCAGGAAGUGCUAUGCUCGAGGGGAGUUCCCGGUCACCAUUGAAUUUACGAACUGUGGGAAACGGCUCAGUUGGAAGGUUCCGAUUGAAAAGCUGGACUUCCACCACUACCUCCCGAUGUUCUUCGACGGUCUCGCUGAGGGGGAUUACCCGUUCAGCUUCAUCGUGGAGAACGGGAUCAACGACCUGGUCUCCAAGGGUUCCUACAAGAUCCUGCCUGUGGUGCCGCAGCUCAUCAUACCUAUUAAAAACGCCUUGUCUACCAAGAGGCCAAACGUGAUAUGUCACACGCUGAAAUGUAUCCAGAUGAUCAUCACCGGAUCAGACAGAGUGGGCGAGGCGUUCGUGCCAUAUUACAGACAGAUACUGCCUAUACUGAACCUGUUUAAGGACAAAAACUCAAACAUGGGCUCUGGGAUCGACCACAGCUCGUCCCGCGGCGAGAACGUCGGCGACCUCAUAGAGGAGACCCUGCAGAUCCUGGAACGCUACGGGGGCCCCGAUGCCUUCAUCAACAUCAAGUAUAUGAUACCCACUUACGAGUCGUGUGUGCUUAACUAGAGAUUGAGAUAAGUUGAAGAUAUGAAGGUGGAUUUGAAGAUGUGUCCAGAGCUGGCGAAUAUCUUGUGCGACAUGCACGAGUACUGAUGUGCUGCCGGAAAAUUUCCGAAAUAGCGAAAUUUUCGCAUGGAAAAUUUUAGGAAUCUUCUCAUAUUCAUUUUUAAUUACGUUUCCUUUGUUGCUUGUGUUAUCUUUUUCUUAAAAUUUCGAGAACUUCUCCAGCUUUUGGAAACUUUCCGGAAAAUUGCAAAUUUGUAUUCGCGAGACUCUCACGCAAUGCAUGUGUGCUGAGUAUCGUUAGUAGCUAGGCUUUUUCUAUAUAUGUAAUUUAAUUUAAAUGACAGCCGGCGUUGAAGUUUAUUAAAUUGUUGUGCUAUAAUUAUUAUAGUCACUGGUUCUGGGAACCCGUUUGAAAUUACUUAGGUAAAUACUUGGUAUCGGUCAAUCAAUUUUAGUUCCCUAUGAAAGGGGUAUGAUAUGAGUUAACAGUUAAUCAGGGCAUUUGCGGCGCGUUCGUCAGAUUUGGACGCACUAGUUGGUAGUUCUUCUGACGGUCAGUCCUAGCAUCGGUUUUGCGCUUAGCGCUUACCCUCGUGUGAUUACCCGCAGGCGUAUUCUUAUUGUACCUAAUAAUCGGUUAUGAAUUUAGCCGGUAUAAAGUCUCAAAAAUGACAUAUCUUCAAACGUUACUUUUGAUUCUCACGGACCAAAUGAUAAUUUGUUAUGACCGUUUGUUACAAUCAAAAUACGUCUCCCGUUUUUCUAUAAACGCACGCAGUUUUUAAAGUGCUGUCACGCGCAUGCUCGGACUGACAGGUAGAAGAAGACUAAAAGACGUCUUAGAUUUAUUUUGUCUUUAGAACAGCACUACUAAAAUCUUAGAUAUAUGCUUAUAUUAUAUCCUGUAGCGGAAUGAUACACAAUAGGAAAUGUACCGGAUAUUCUGAUAAAAUCUUUAAGAAACAAAAUACUCAAAGUAGCAAUAUUUUAAAAUAUGCACGUAGUAUUUAUCGAUAGAUGUCGGGCUCAUGUACUUUUGAUAAAUUUUACAUUAAAUCAAAUAUCUCGAAAUAUAACGAUUAGAUAUUUAUAUAGGUAUGUAUAAACAGACAUGUUGAUGUUAUAAUUAUAUUUGAAUGAUUUAAUUUUGUUAUUAUUCGCGCAUAAUUUGCUCAUACUUAUUUGUACAUGUAUUGGAGCGAGCGAGAUGCACUAGUGAAUACCAAACAUAAAUCAUUUAGAUAUCAUUAUGACAUCGAAACAUAAAUUUGCAUUGGCCUGAGCAAUUUUGGCUUAAUUACUAUGUGAAACGUUUAACUGUGCUAAAACUAUGCUUUUAAUGUUGUUUUGUACGUGUAAAAUAAAUGAUUAUAAUGAAACAUUUCGCAGUUUCAUAAUUACUAAAUUUAUGUAGCACAAACAGAAUUUAAUCGUAGGAGUCAAUAACUGAUUCGUUAUAGUAUUGUUAAGUUUUGCCUUGUUCUUUAGUAACAGGUAUAUUUGAAGUUUUUGUACUUUUUACAAUACCUAUUGUUUUGUUAAUAAAUUUUUCGUGACCAUU